AUGUCUUCGAACCGACGCGGCGCGUUGAGGAACUCGGCUGCGCCGCCGGCGCUGGCGAGGGUCAGCACCAGGAGAGGAAAAGACAGUGGGGAGGAAGAAGAAGGAGGAGGAGGAGGAGGAGGAGGUUCGGAGAUGGAAGUCGAGGUCGACGACGACGGCACGAGUCGGUUAAGGCGGAACGAGGAGAAUUUGAAGAAGAGCAUGGCUAUCGAUGUUGGCCUCCGCAAAGGACAAAGACAAAAACGUCUGGAGAGGGAGUUUGAAAGUCAGUUCCGAGAGCUCGAGGCUCAGAUUGACGAGAGGGUGGAGAAGCAUGAGCAAGACGCGAAGCGCAUCCAAGACGAUUUCGUGGCCAGACUGCUCGCCUUGAUUGAGAGGAAGGCAGACGUUGAGAAACGAAUCAUCCAUGCAGUCCAAGACCUCGCCACGGCGCAUGAGACGAUCAAGGAAGAGUUUGAAGCCAUUCUGGAAGGGCGGCUGGUGGAUGUCCUUGAGGCUAUGAAUGGCUUGCACGAAGCCCAGGAGAAGGCGAGUGCGAGGCCGUACUGA